AUGGAGGACGGGGCGCGUCUCGCUGAGCUUGCGGCGAAGAAGCUGCAAGUGAACCCCACAGACGCCGAGGAUGUCCCAGAGAUUGAGAGAGACUCGGAGAACACGAGUGCGGAGCGCACGGGCGAUGUGCCUGCGCUGCAUGCGUCGGUCCCCGAUGCGGCGUUUGCACCGAGCGCGGCCGGCGUCGGUGCGUCGAGCGGUGCGCGGCUGACGAUGCCUAUGCCGCGUGCGCCUGCCACAGUAGAGGGUGUGACGCCCGGGGGCCUGAGCGCAGCCCCCCCCCAGCCGCCGAACCGCUCGCCGGUCAAGGGCGGGUCGGCGCAGGGCGGCUUUGCUGGUGCGAACGAGCGGACAAAGCAGCUCGCAAACACCAAGUAUCCCCCCGGUCUCCAAGCGAAGCUCGCAGCGAAACUCGAUGCCUCGCUGCUGAACCGCACGCCGCGGCCCGGAGCUGCCGGUGCGAUACCUGUGCGGCCUGGCGCCGUGCCCGCGCGACCUGCGCGCCCCGGAUUGCGCCUGAGCGACAUGGGUAUUAAUCUGAGUGCGAGCGGGACGUGUGCCUCGGCGCAAAAGCCUGGCCUGUCUGCCGGCCGCCCCAAGAUGAGUCUCGGCAAGCUGCCUGGUGCGGCGCCUGCGCAGAGCAUGGAUACACCCUUUGCCAACUUUAGCAAGAUUGUGGACCCCUCGGGCCGUCUCAAUUUCGACGGAAAAGCGGUGCUGCACGCGUCCGGCGUCGAGUUCCGGAACGGCACCUCGUUCAGCAUCAACAUGCAGGAGUUGGAGCUGCAGGAGCAGCUUGGAUUCGGAAAUUAUGGUACGGUGAACAAGGUGCGGCACACGCGCACCAAAGUGGAUAUGGCCAUGAAGGAGAUCCGCCUUGAGCUCGACCAGGCGAAGCUCAAUGCCAUCAUUAUGGAACUGGAUAUUCUCCACCGUGCCAUUGCGCCGCAGAUUGUCGAGUUCUACGGCGCGUUCUUUGUGGAGAGCUGUGUAUACUACUGCAUGGAGUACAUGGACGUGGGCAGUCUGGAGAAGCUGUGUGCCGGCCGCAACUGUGCCGUCCCCGAGUCGGUGCUGGCACGCAUUGCCUCGUCCACGGUCAAGGGACUGAGUUUUUUGAAAGACGAGCUCCAGAUCAUCCACCGCGACAUCAAGCCGACGAAUAUUCUGAUCAACUCCAAAGGCGAGGUGAAGCUGUGCGAUUUUGGCGUCUCGGGCCAGCUCGAAAAGAGUCUCGCCAAGACGAAUAUCGGCUGCCAGAGCUACAUGGCACCUGAGCGCAUCAAGGGCGACGGGCGCAACAGCCGCACGACCUACACCACUGCCUCGGAUGUAUGGUCGCUCGGCCUGACGCUCGUCGAGGUCGCGAUGGGCGUGUAUCCCUAUCCCCCUGAAACCUUUACCAAUGUCUUUGCGCAGCUGCAGGCAAUCGUUGACGGCGAUACACCCACGCUGCCGUACCCGAGCAAGGAACCGAUCACGGUCACCUCGCCGGCCGGCGUACGCUCCGACCUGGAGCUAGGCGAGUGCACCUACGGCGACGAUUCGCGCGACUUUAUUGCGCAGUGCCUCCGCAAAAUACCCGAGCAGCGCCCGAGCUACGCGGAGCUGCUCGAGCACCCGUUCCUGCAGCAGGACGAGGCGCGGAAGGACGAAGUGGACAUGCGUGAAUGGGUCACCGCCGCACUCGAGAAGCAGAUCGAGCGCCGUGCUGCGCUAGAGAAAGUACAUACGCCUUAG